AUGAAUGUAAAUAAAUGGGAGGUCGACGAAGUGGAUAAUGACUGUUAUUUCAAAUCUACGAUACAAAUUGAAGAAAAUCAAGAUUUAGCAGUUAUAAAUGAUGAAUAUGGGGACACUCUUUCUACUAGUAAACCAAACAUCAUGGUUGUAAAUAAAUGGGAGGCCGACGAAAUUGAUACUGAUUGCUAUUUCAAAUCUACGAUACAAAUUGAAGAAAAUCAAGAUAUAGCACUAUUCAAGGAAGAAUACGAGAAUACUCUUUCUACUGCCAAGGGUUUAAACAUCCAUACAACGAGCAAUAAAAUUAAAGAAACAUCAGUUAAACAACCAAAGACCAUGACUAUAAUUAAACAGGAGGAUGAUGAAAUCAGAAAUGAUUGUUUAUUUGUAUCUGAGAUAGUAAUUGAAGAAAACCAAGACUUAGAAAAUUUCAAAGACCAAGAUUUGCGUCCUCAUUGCACUGACAAUACACUCAACAGUUCUAUGAAAUAUAAUCAAAUUCAAAGUGGAGAAAAUCCAUUCAGAUCAAUUAAAAAAUACAAAGUCGAAAAACCAUUUCAGUGUGAAUUAGGUUUAAAGACAAUUUCAACUGAAAAUAUAACCAAGCACAAAAGGUCACAAGAAACCGAGAGGCUAUUUCAAUGUGAUAUUUGCAAGAAGAAAUUUGCACAAUUAACACAUCUUAAAAACCACAUAAAGACGCACACGGGUGUAAAACCUUUUCAAUGUGAGCUAUGUAAAAAGACAUUUUCAUAUUCUGGAGAUUUAAAAAAGCACAAAAGGACACAUACUGGCGAGAAACCUUUUCAAUGUGAGAUAUGUAAGAAGACAUUUUCACAUUCUGGAACUAUUAAAAUUCACAAAAGGAUACAUACGGGCGAGAAACCUUUUCAAUGUGAGAUGUGUAAGAAGUCAUUUUCACAAUCUGGAGAUUUAAAAAAUCAUAAAAGGACCCAUACUGGCGAGAAACCUUUUCAAUGUAAGAUAUGUAAGAAGACGUUUUCACUUUCUGGACAUCUAAAACGACACAAAAUGACACAUACUGGUGAGAAACCAUUUCAAUGUGAGAUAUGUAAGAAGACAUUUUCAGAUUCUGGAGAUUUAAAAAAGCACCAAAGGACACAUACUGGCGAGAAACCUUUUCAAUGUGAGAUGUGUAAGAAGUCAUUUUCACAAUCUGGAGAUUUAAAAAAGCAUAAAAGGACCCAUACUGGCGAGAAACCUUUUCAAUGUGAGAUAUGUAAGAAGACAUUUUCACUUUCUGGACAUCUAAAACGACACAAAAGGACCCAUACAGGUGAGAAACCUUUUCAAUGUGAGAUAUGUAAAAAGACAUUUUCACAUUCUGGAAAUCUAAAUAAACACAAAAGGACACAUACUGGUGAGAGGCCUUUUCAAUGUGAGAUGUGUAAGAAGUCAUUUUCACAAUCUGGAGAUUUAAAAAAGCACAAAAUAACGCACACUGGCCAGAAACCUUUUCAAUGUGACAUAUGCAAGAAGACAUUUUCACGUUCUGGACACCUAAAACGACACAAAAUAACGCACACUGGCGAUAAGCCUUUUCAAUGUGAGAUAUGUAAAAAGACAUUUUUACAAUCUGAAACUCUUAAAAAGCAUACAAUUAUACACUCGGGUGAAAGGUCUUCAGAGUCAAUCAUGCUUUAA